CCCCUUCGCGCCCUGAGUCAUGAAGGCGUCCCGGGUUGUACAGGUGCUGGGCUUGCUUCUCUGCCUGGCCCGGGGCUCGGAGGUGGACAACUCGCAGGCAGUGUGUCCUGGCACGCUGAAUGGGCUGAGCGUGACGGGUGAUGCGGAGAAUCAAUACCAGACUCUACACAAACUAUACGAGAGGUGUGAGGUGGUGACGGGGAACCUGGAGAUCGUGCUCACCGGACAUAGUUCCAACCUCACCUUCCUGCAGUGGAUCCGAGAGGUGACAGGCUAUGUCCUCGUGGCCAUGAAUGAAUUCUCCACGCUGCCCCUGCCCAACCUCCGAGUCGUGAGGGGAACCCAGGUCUACGACGGGAAGUUCGCCAUCUUUAUUAUGCUGAACUAUAACACCAAUUCCAGUCACGCUCUGCGCCAGCUGCGCUUCAAUCAGCUUACUGAGAUUCUCGCAGGGGGCGUUUAUAUUGAGAAGAAUGAGAAACUAUGUCACAUGGAUACAAUUGACUGGCGGGACAUCGUGAGAGACAAAGAUGCCGAGAUAGUGGUGAAGGACAAUGGAAAGAGCUGUGCCCCCUGUCAUGAGGCCUGCAAAGGACGGUGCUGGGGCCCAGGACCAGAAGACUGCCAGACAUUGACUAAGACCAUCUGUGCUCCACAGUGUAAUGGUCACUGCUUUGGGCCCAACCCCAACCAGUGUUGCCACGAUGAGUGUGCUGGGGGCUGCUCGGGCCCACAGGACACAGACUGCAUUGCCUGCCGAGUCUUCAAUGACAGUGGAGCCUGUGUGCACCAUUGUCCCUUGCCCCUGGUCUACAACAAACUCACAUUCCAGCUGGAGCCUAAUCCCCACAUCAAGUAUCAGUAUGGAGGAGUCUGCGUCGCCAGCUGUCCCCAUAACUUCGUAGUGGAUCAGACGUCCUGUGUCAGAGUCUGUCCUUCUGACAAGAUGGAAGUGGAUAAAAACGGGCUCAAGAUCUGUGAACCCUGUGGGGGUCUGUGCCCCAAAGCCUGUGAAGGGACAGGCUCUGGGUAUCGCUUCCAGACUGUGGACUCAAGCAACAUUGAUAGCUUUGUGAACUGCACCAAGAUCCUGGGAAACCUGGACUUCCUUAUCACCGGCCUCAAAGGAGAUCCAUGGCACAAGAUCCCUGCCCUGGACCCUGAGAAGCUGAAUAUCUUCCGCACAGUUCGAGAGAUCACAGGUUACCUGAAUAUCCAGUCCUGGCCUCCCCACAUGCACAACUUCAGUGUCUUUUCCAACCUGACUACCAUUGGGGGUAGAAGUCUCUACAAUCGGGGAUUCUCAUUGUUGAUCAUGAAGAAUUUGAACAUCACUUCUCUGGGUCUUCGAUCUUUGAAAGAAAUCAGUGCUGGGCGCAUCUACAUAAGUGCCAAUCGGCAGCUGUGCUACCACCAUUCUCUGAACUGGACCAGUCUCCUUCGAGGGCCUGCUGAUGAGAGAUUAGACAUAAAGCACAAUCGGCCCCGCAGAGAAUGCUUGGCAGAGGGCAAAGUGUGUGACCCGCUGUGUUCUGGGGGGUGCUGGGGCCCAGGCCCCAGUCAGUGCCUGUCGUGUCAAAACUACAGCCGAGGAGGCGUUUGUGUGACUCACUGCAACUUUCUAAAUGGGGAGCCUCGUGAAUUUGCCCAGGAUGCUGAAUGCUUUUCAUGCCACCCAGAAUGCCAGCUCAUGGAGGGCACUGCCACAUGCAAUGGCUCGGGCUCUGAUGCCUGUGUCCAGUGUAUUCACUUUCGAGAUGGACCUCACUGUGUGAGCAGCUGUCCCUAUGGAGUCCUGGGUGCCAAAGGUCUUAUCUACAAGUACCCAGAUGCUCAGAAUAAAUGUCAGCCCUGCCAUGAGAACUGCACCCAAGGGUGUAAAGGACCAGAACUCCAGGACUGUUUGGGUCAAACACCAGGGGACAUCAGCAAUACCCAUCUGGCAAUGGCUCUGACAAUGGUCGUAGGAUUGGCAUUGAUUUUCCUGAUCCUGGGUUGUAUUUUCCUCUAUUGGCGUGGGCGUCGAAUUCAAAAUAAGAGAGCUAUGAGGCGCUACUUGGAACGGGGCGAGAGCAUAGAGCCUCUGGAUCCCAGUGAAAAAGCUAACAAGGUCCUGGCAAGAAUCUUCAAAGAGACUGAGCUGAGGAAGUUAAAAGUACUUGGUUCCGGCGUUUUUGGAACUGUGCAUAAAGGAGUGUGGAUCCCUGAGGGAGAGUCCAUCAAGAUUCCAGUUUGCAUUAAGGUCAUCGAGGACAAGAGUGGACGGCAAAGUUUCCAAGAUGUGACUGAUCAUAUGCUGGCCAUUGGCAGCCUAGACCAUGCCCACAUCGUCCGGCUGUUGGGGUUGUGCCCAGGAUCAUCUCUACAGCUUGUCACUCAAUAUUUGCCUCUGGGUUCCCUGCUGGAUCAUGUUCGACAACACCGGGGGACCCUGGGGCCACAGCUGCUACUUAACUGGGGAGUGCAAAUUGCCAAGGGGAUGUACUACCUCGAGGAACACGGCAUGGUCCACAGGAACCUGGCAGCCCGCAAUGUGCUCCUCAAGUCACCCAAUCAGGUUCAGGUGGCAGAUUUUGGGGUGGCUGACCUACUACCCCCUGAUGAUAAGCAACUACUACACAGUGAAGCCAAGACUCCAAUUAAGUGGAUGGCCCUUGAGAGUAUUCAUUUUGGGAAAUACACACACCAGAGUGAUGUCUGGAGUUAUGGUGUGACUGUUUGGGAGUUGAUGACCUUUGGAGCGGAGCCCUAUGCAGGACUACGAUUGGCUGAAGUACCAGAUCUGCUAGAGAAGGGCGAAAGAUUGUCACAGCCUCCGAUCUGUACCAUUGAUGUUUACAUGGUCAUGGUCAAGUGUUGGAUGAUUGAUGAGAACAUUCGUCCUACUUUUAAAGAACUAGCCAACGAGUUCACCAGGAUGGCCCGAGACCCACCCCGGUAUCUGGUCAUAAAGAGGGAGAGUAGGCCUGGAAUUCCUCCUGGAGCAGAGCCUCCUGCUUUGACAAACAAGGAACUGGAGGAAGUUGAACUGGAGCAGGAACUAGAUCUCGACCUGGACUUGGAGACAGAGGAGGACACCCUGAUGACCACGCUAGGUUCUGCCCUGAGUCUUCCAGUUGGAACACUUAAUCGGCCACGUGGGAAUCAGAGUCUUUUAAGUCCAUCAUCUGGAUAUAUGCCAAUGAACCAGGGUCAUCUAAGAGAUAGUUGCCAGGACUCUGGAUAUGGGGGCAAUGAACAGUGUUCCCGCCCAACAUCUCUGCAUCCUGUAUCUCGAGGCCGCCUGACAUCAGAAUCAUCGGAAGGCCACGUGACAGGCUCUGAGGCUGAGCUCCAAGAGAAAGUGUCAGUGUGUAGGAGCAGAAGCAGGAGCCCCAGGCCUCGGGGUGACAGUGCCUACCAUUCCCAGCGUCACAGCCUGCUCACUCCUGUCACCCCAUUGUCCCCGCCAGGAUUAGAGGAAGAGGAUGUCAACGGUUAUGUCAUGCCAGAUGCACACUUGAAAGGUACCCCUUCCUCCAGAGAAGGCACCCUUUCUUCAGUGGGUCUCAGUUCUGUCCUGGGAACUGAGGAGGAAGAUGAAGAUGAGGAGUAUGAAUACAUGAACCGCAGGAGAAGGGACAGCUCCUCUCAUCAACAGAGACCAAGCUCCCUUGAGGAGCUAGGUUACGAGUACAUGGAUGUGGGAUCAGAACUUAGCGCUUCCCUAGGCAGCACCCAGAGCUGCCCACUCCACCCUGGGCCCAUCACACCCACUGCUGGCACCACUCCAGAUGAGGACUAUGAAUACAUGAAUCGGCGUCGUGGCGGAAGAGCUUCUGGAGGGGAUUAUGCAGCCAUGGGGGGCUGCCCAGCAGCUGAACAAGGGUAUGAAGAGAUGAAAGCUUUCCAGGAGCCCGGACACCAAGAGCCCCAUGUCCGCUAUACUCGCCUAAAAACUCUCCGGACUUUAGAAGCCACCGACUCUGCCUUUGAUAAUCCUGACUAUUGGCACAGCAGGCUUUUCCCCAAAGCUAAUGCCCAGAGAAUAUAACCUCUGCUCCCUGAGUGUCUCAGGGAGCUUUGGAUGGCAGCUAGCGCUUCUCGAGGGUACCCCUCUUCUCUCUAGUCCCUCUCUCUGACAGGGCCAGUCCCCUCUCCCUAGUACCUAGACAAUUCCAUUCAACCUUUGGAGGCUCUUAAACACUCCAGACACAAAACUCCUGCAGUAUGUAGCCAUGUGCACUUUCUUCUCUUUCCCAAACCCAGGAAAGAAGAAGGGUUUCAUCCAUAUUCCAUUCCUCAGUUUUCUUAGGAGAAAUCCCUGGAGAUAUGAAGGAUUCUUCCCAUUUUCUUUUCUCUCAGGCUCUGACUUAUUGAGUCCAGCCUUUAUAUAGUGUCUUAUUUUUCCCGUUGGACUCCUAAGGAAGAGGAAAGGGCAGAAAGCUGGCAGGCAGGGUCAGUAAAAUUAUGAAUUGCCACUCUUUAGCCAUCUAUGUAGAGAGAAAAUUGGAUUUAAAACAUUGAGAAGUAGGACUAGAGUGAUAAUACAAUGUGCAGGACAAAUGACUUGGGUUCAAUCCCUGGCAUCCCAUAUGGUCCCCUGAGCACUGCUAGGAGUGAUCCCUGAGUGCAGAGCCAAAAGUCAGCCCUGUGAACUGACAGGUAUAGCCCCAAACAAAA